CACAUUCAUACUCAAAUGACUUCUUUGUGGUGUUUUAGGCCAGGCUAUGCGGAUCAGUACCAGAGCUACCAGUCUGCAGCACUGAGGGAAGAAUACACUUACAGAAGGUACUACUAUCAGUGGCUGCAGGAAGAAAGAGUGCCGAGGCAAGGCAGCCCUUAUGUCUGGUAUGAAGGUUACCAAGAUCAGAAGUACCUCGAUGAACACCGUCACGAAAGCCAGAAUCGUCCGUUUGGAACGAAUAAUGAGACCCAGUUCCACUCUGCCGGUCGGAACCCUCACGGCGGCAGCCCCGCUUCCAGCUCCGGACAGGAGGGGGCCGGGGAGCUGCUUCCAGACAGUCUGCGCACGGGGGCCCGGGAGAACAAG